AUGACGGAGCACAGAGGCACCUCCUUUUUCCACUCGUGCGUGAAAAUGCCGAUAGAUCCUUGUAGCCGACAACCAACUCCUUCUUACGAACGUCCUCGACUGUCAUCCGCCAGCCGAAGAUCAGAAAAAGUGAAAAAAAUUAACUUUGUCGAGGGUGAACCGACUGCCGUCGAGAAUUCGGGGUCGUCAAGUCCACGCGACACAUUGGAAAAUCUUCUAGAGUUCCUGAAGAGCAUACCAGAUUAUGGACAAGUGCAUCAUUUGUCGAACGAGCAAUUCAAGCAAAAGGUCGAAUAUUUAAGAAGGAAGCAGCGGCUGCUCCUGCAGAAUCUGAGAAACUCGCUGGAUGACACAGAGGAGCCGUCAUCGCGUUUGUCAAUUACGAGAAAUGAGAACUCAAAGUCAAAGGACGAUAAAUCGAACAUCGUUGAUGAUCUCAAGUUGAAUGGGAAGAAAUGCUAUCUCGAAGAGUCGAGAAUCAGCAGCCCAAUAUUGUUUCCAUCUGGAAAUUUUGCUGGUCUCGCCGAGGAUCAAGAUCUACUGACGUAUAGGUGUGAUUCCAGAUGCAGAGACAAGGAUAAGGAAACGAAGACAAUGCGUAACAAGGAGAUACUCGCGGCCAAUAAAAGCUGGAGCACGUGGAGCGAAUCGAAAAGUGAUGACAGCGUGAACAGCGAUGGCGAGGAUAGCAUCGAGACGAAAAGUUUACCACCAAGUAGCUCGAAAGAAUGGCACCCUACAGUGCCUAAACCGUUCAGUUUCACGUUGAGGGAAGAAGCGGAAAAAUAUAUGACAGAGAUAGAGACAGUCGAACGGGCGAAUGAAGAUAAUGAGAAGAAAAGUCCUUCGAAAAAACGACGAAUCAGACCAAUUCCUAUUACAUCCAAGAUACCGCUUUAUGACAAAUUAAUGGCUGAAAAAGAAGAAAGAAGUCGUAUUGUACGCGAAGAGAGCGCACUAAAUCUAUUGUCGCAAGUGCGACCUUUUAAGCUCGAGUGCGAUCGUCGUGCCUGGCGAUCCAUGGCGAGGUCCAGUCCUGAACUCUAUUCAAGCAAGAGCUGUUCUUCGCGUUUCAAGGCUAAGCCAGUACCAAGAAACCUGUUCGGCACCGAGGUUUAUGACCGUAUGCUUGAGGACGAAUAUUAUAGACAGCUAAGGAAGAGGUUGAGGGCUGCAGAGAUGUUGAAGUCUUCUUCAUUACCGCCAUCGAUGGCGAGGCGUGAACGUGUCAAGUCCGCAUGUGCACAUUUUCAGGACGAAGAGCCCAACAAAGAUGAUGACGAAUCUAUCAUUCCGACUACGACGAUGUCCGACAGAACCAGGUCCGCCCUGACGUCCGCAUUAUCCUCGCGCGGGAAUAACCUGGCUGCGAUUUUGAGAUGUCAAGCUUCACGAGAGAAACUGGAGCGCGAGAUACAGGAGCGGAUGGAGGAGAAGCGGCGGGAACAGAUACUGAAGUUCAGGGAGACGCUAAUCAGCCGGAAACCUGCGUGGAAGGCCCUGAGAUCGGCUGCGAGGCACGAGCAUGACAGAGACCUAGGCAUACGGACGUCUCUUCGUCGUGAUGAAGCGCGGGAACAGGCCGAACGUCAUCGACUGCAGAUGGAGAUGAUGUUGGAUCGUGUGACGCAAAUACCGACUCUUUUCGAGCGUCAUUCUCAGGAUACGUUCUGAUAAAGUAUUGUGUAAACUACGCUUUAUGCAUGAAUUUUGCAGAGUUUUCAAUCGCUCGUAAAGGCGCAACAGAAGGUUUCCUCGAAGAGCGCUCACGCCCGAAAGAAGAAAAGGAAGAAAAAGAAACAACAGCAGCAAUCGAAAAGAUCUACGUCAAGUAGCUUGGACUCGUAUUUAAGUUUUGCCAGCAAUUCUAGACCAAAUUCCGGAUCAUUAACCAGUUCUUCCGGUACUCUGAUGUCAAGCCAAUCAUCGUCGAAGUCGUCGGGCGAUUCCUCCGACAAAUCGGCAGCCAAGUUAGAAAUCUCGACACUGAAGAGAAAAGCCGAUCGCGGUCCAUUGAAGGUUUCGAUCAACGAAACAGCGGAAUGGAUUGAGGAUCGCAACGAAAAAUUGUCCAGUAGCGACGAUGUCGAAGAGUGA